ACCAAUGUUUCUACAUGUUCUACCAUCUUCACUAUAUAAAUGAAGUAAACCUCCAAAACAAAAAUCCAACCCAAAAGCUAGUAUUAUUCUCAAUUCUAGCUUCACUUCAUACCAAUAAUCAUUAAUAAAACUAAGUACUAAUCAUCUUUCUCUCAUAUCUCAAUAUGUUAGGCAUUAGGAAAGUCUAUCAAAUGCUAAUGAACAAUGUUGUUCCAUCUCUAGGAGUAGUUCCUCACUCAAACACUUCUCUUUCAACCUCAAAUAAGAUCAUAAAUGAAGCUCAAGCCCAAGAAUCAAGGGCAAAAGCAUUAAUAACUAUUUUUGGGAUGGACAAAGAUGGAAGAAUAGCCAAAGAUAAAGCAUGUAAAGUGGUAAAGCAACUAGGGUUAGUGAAGGAAGAUAAUGAUGAAUCAAGCUUUUACAUGCUUGAAGAACAACUUGAGGCUAAAAAAGUCUUCCUUGAGCUUGAACAAGAAGAAAAAAGAGAAAAAGAACAACUUCUUAGACAAGCUUUUAAGGUGUUUGAUGAAGAUGGUGAUGGGUUUAUUGAUGCAAAAGAGAUUAAGAGAGUUUUAAUGUGUUUAGGGUUGGAUAAUGGAUGGGAUAUGAAAGAAAUUGAGAAGAUGAUUAAGGUGGUUGAUCUUAAUCUUGAUGGGAAGGUUGAUUUUCAAGAGUUUGAGUUGAUGAUGGGAUAAUUUUUUAAAAUAAUAUACUAUUUUACUUGGGUAAUUUGACAGUGGUUGAGUUUAAAAGUCAAUCACUAUAAUAAUUUUAAUAAAGUAUUAAUUUAUAGAAUCUUUAUAUUAAAUUUGAGAUUAUAAAUUGUAUCAAAAUAUAAAAGUUGUUAGGGGUUAUUUGUUAUUUUAUAAAUGUUUUAUUA